AAAAUAAAAACAAAAAACAGGUUCAAGGCUUGGAUUGGAUCUCCAGUACUAGUAUACUCAAAGGUAGCCCAAGCCAAGUACGAAACCCAGAGCUCUCUGGCGGCUCUCGCUCUGCCUUCAAAAUUCGGCAUUCGAUUCGGGAACCCGAAUGGUACGAUUUUAAUAAGAAAAGAUCUACUGUAAGUAUCCGUCAAAUAAUCAAAAAAAUAUAGAAAGAAAAGGAAGAUGGAGAAGGGCAAAGGAGUGAUGGGGUCCGGCCGAAGAUGGGCCGUUGAUUUCUCCGAUAAUUCGACCGCGCCUUCUUCUCGUGACAUCCCCGAUCCUCCUGGCUUCACUCGUGCCUCUGUCGAUCAGGACGAUUCGAACUUGACUCGCCAAAAGAAGGAUGCUGAAGCCAAUUGGAAAGCUCAGAAAGCUUGGGAAGUGGCACAAACACCUUUCAAGAAUUUGUUAAUGAUGGGCUUCAUGAUGUGGAUGGCUGGAAGUACAGUGCAUCUCUUUAGCAUUGGUAUCACUUUUUCGGCGCUUUGGCAGCCUAUUAGUGCUCUUCAAGGGGUUGGGAAAGUUUUUGAGCCUUAUAAAGACAAUAAAGUAGAUCUUCUAGGCCCUAAGUUACUUUUCAUUGCUCUUAAUUUGGGUGGUUUGGCACUUGGUGUUUGGAAGCUUAACACAUUGGGGCUUCUUCCAACACAUGCGUCAGAUUGGGUGUCAUCCUUAUCCCCAGCUCAGGAGGUUGAGUAUUCGGGUGGGGGUAUUUCUCUGCAAUAACGAGUUUGAUCAUCUUUGAUUUUCUGAACAAUUUCUGGAGGUGGUGAGUGGACUUAUGAAGGCUGGUGGAACUUGGAAGUUUUUAUUGAUUUCUUCUGGAGAUGGAGAACGCCACCACCAUAGAUUUUUAUCUUAAAUUUUAUGAACCAUGGCAUGGCAUGAUUAAGAGACGUAGGUUUGUUGUAUUUCAUAUUACCAUCCAAAAACUGAAAUUAUGUUCAAGUUAACAAUUUCUCUUAUAUUGAGAUAUAAUAAAUCUUCUUUUACCAAA